AUGACCACCCUCUCUCCCACUCUCGACUUGAACACCGGCGCCAAGAUCCCCGUCGUUGGAUUGGGCACCUGGCAGGCUGGCAAGGGCGAGGUGGGCGCUGCCGUGAAGGCUGCCAUCAAGGCCGGCUACCGUCACUUCGACUGCGCCGAGAUUUACGGCAACGAGGCCGAGAUCGGCGAGGCGUUCAAGAGCGCAUUCGAUGAGGGCCUCGUCAAGCGGUACAUCAGAUGA